AUGUCGGUCGGGCUUUCUGGCAACUUGCAUACCGCUCUAGAUGAAGAAGCAAGGGCUGAGGUUGACGUUCUCAAUUCGCGGCUCGAAAAGACGACGCAAUUGACCAAGAAGAUUCAAUCGUGCCUGAACCGACUCGAGUCGACAGGGAAGAGUGUCCAAGAUGUUGCAGGACCUCUGAAUGGAGAGACCAGGCGACUGCAGAUAUUGGGAAAUAACGUUGAUUCAGUCCUGGCCGCUAUUGACCGAUUGCGCCAACCUGCAGAUAGCAAAAAUGACGAAGAGCAGAUCAUUCGAGUCGGUCCUGAGAAGGCUGGCCUCUCUAAUUACCUGGCUUCUAUCAAACGCCUAGGGAAGGCCUUGAACGAGAUGAAAGCCUCCAACUUGCGCGCCAACCAACAAACGAUGGCCGAUCUAACACGACUCAUCAAGUCUGGCAAUAGUCAGCUGGAAUCCCAUUUCGAAACACUGCUGCGCGCUGAGACUCCCCGAUCCGUCGAGCCGUUGCACUUUAUCACAAAGGACAAGGCUUUCCCAACACUGCCUCAGGACAAAAUAGCCCGGCUCGGUCUGGUCUAUUCAUAUGUCAUUGAGAGUCACCACAGCGGAUCCUCUGAGCUCGCCCAUAUAUAUGCAGAGGUACGCGGCCCAUACCUCUCAACAUCCUUGGCCAACCUUGCUGCCGCAAGUGUCAACACCGCCAAGAAGAAGAGCCCAGAUGCCGUCUACCGUGCGGGGACCAACGGUAUAGGGACCUACUCGCAAGCUAUGGAGGGCCUUUUUGUCUCCGAAUACGACAAUGUGUGCAGUGUCUUCUCGCGUGAGGAUUGGGGCGUGGUCUUCCAAUCAACUUGCCAGGCAGCGAUGGCUGAGCUUGCACGAACGUUGCGUGAACUCAAUGCUCAUAUCAAAAGUCACCUCAACACCGACUGUUAUCUGGCAUAUGAAAUCACCGAGAUCAUCUCGGCUCUCUCAGGCAAGCUCGAAACACGCACCGGAGAAUUGAAAGGGGCACUCGCUGCAGCCCUGAAGCCUGUUCGAGAAACUGCCAAAUCGUCCCUUGCGGAGCUCCUUGAUGAGACCAGGCGCAAGAUCAGCAUGCUACAGAUGUUACCGUCAGAUGGCGCUCCUAUACCCCUCGUCUCGGAGACAAUGCAGCGCCUUCAGACGAUGGUACACUUUCUACGCCCCAUCUCGAGCAUAAUGAUAUCAUUAGGGGACGGUGGAUGGAGCUCCAACGCGGCAGCUAGCGGACGCUCGACCGAUGCAAUCCCCAGUCUAGCAUCCUUUGACAUAGGAGCGGACGGUAAAGAGAUCUUUUCGCAUUAUUGCACUGAUACCAUCGAAAUGCUCCUAUCUGGUUUGGACCAGAAGUCGCGCGUACUCAUGAAGAAUAGGGCUGUUGCUGGGGUAUUCCUGGCCAACAGCGUUGUUAUCAUUGGAAGAAUGGUUCAGAGCUCAGAACUUAGCGGGCUGCUUGAGAACAAACUUGAUGUUCUCGACCAGUGGCGCAAAAAGGCAACGGCGGCUUAUACGGAUGUUUGCAAAGACCUUUCCGUCCACCUGUUCGACACUGUGCAUACCAAUCGUGCGCAUCGUCCAACUUCUGGACCUGUGGACUCUACUUCGAUCGUCAAAGGGCUGGGAAGCAAAGACAAGGACAGGAUCAAAGAAAAGUUCACACAAUUCAAUAGCGCAUUUGAUGACAUGGUUUCUCGACACAAAUCAUACAGCAUGGAGCGGGAAGUCCGGCGAAUGUUUGGGGAGGACAUCCGCCAGAAAUUACAGCCUCUCUACGAGCGGUUUUGGGACCGGUAUCACGAAAUCGACAAGGGCAAGGGCAAGUACGUCAAAUAUGAUAAGACUUCCAUUGCCGCUGUAUUUUCCAGUUUGGCUUCCUGA